UAUUGUGUUGCAGCUGUCAUGGCGGACGAAUCUCUCAGUGCCCUAAAUAGACGAUUUAAUCAAUUAAAGCGUUGGGAAGAGUCUGAGACAAAUAAAGCUUCACAUUUACCAAAGGAGAAACCUCGAAAAGUUAAAUUUCAAGAUGGAUGUGUGUUCCUAGCUGCUUGUUCAAGCGGUGACCGUGAUGAAGUUUUGCAACUUCUGAAAAAGGGUGCCGACAUAAACACUUCGAAUAUUGAUGGUCUUACAGCCCUACACCAGGCAUGUAUAGACGACAACUUAGAUAUGGUGGAGUUUUUGGUCCAGCAUUCCGCAGAUGUGGAUGUAUGUGACAAUGAAGGGUGGACUCCUUUACAUGCUACAGCUUCAUGUGGAUUUACAGAAAUAGCCAGAUAUUUAAUAAAAGAAGGAGCUAACGUAGCUGCCGUAAAUAAUGAUGGAGAUCUACCAAUUGAUAUUUGUGAGGAUGAAAUUAUGGAACAGAUGCUGCAAGAGGAAAUGUCGAAACUAGAUAUUGAUGCUGAUGCAGCCAGACAAGAGGAAGAGAACCAGAUGUUAGAGGAUGCCAAUAAAUGGCUGAAUAACAAGUCCGUCAAGGAGAAACGGCACCAAAAGACUGGUGCCACUGCUCUCCAUGUGGCAGCUGCUAAAGGCUAUAUGAAAGUCAUAAGUGUUCUCCUUCAAGCAGGAGUUGAUGUGAAUGCUAGGGAUAAUGAUGGGUGGACUCCUCUCCAUGCUGCAGCACAUUGGUGUCAGGAAGAAGUUUGCAAGGCUCUCGUCGAUCAUAUGUGUGAUAUGGAAGUUAAAAAUAAUGCUGGUCAAACAUCAAUUGAUGUAGCAGAUAGUGAUAUAAUUAAAUUAUUAGAGGAACUUAAGGCCAAGCAACAAUCAUUGAAAGACAAAGAAAACGAAGACACUAAUGAGAUUAUACCUCAUAGGAACCAGCAUGGGAAAAGAAGCAGGAGUGAUUCCCAAAGAAGUUCUGUAACCCGAAUGAGUGUAGAUCAAAAACAGAAUGUUAUUUUGAAGAACGUUGAGCAGGAGAGGACCACACUGGAGGCUAAUCUGAGUGGAAUUAAAAGUUCUUCUAGCUCUGCAAGUGAGGGAGAGAGUUCGGAAUCUGACACAGAAAAACAGAAUGAAUUGAACAAGCAGUCAACUGAGGCAAAUCAGACAAGAGACAGAGAUAAGCCUCCAAUAACAGCUGUUGUGGAGAUACAGAAACCAGAAAUGGGAAAGAUAGAAGAAAGUAAUGAAAAUGAAACUGUCAAAGAGAAGAAGAAGGAUGAAGAUGUUAUAAAUGAGGCUGACAAGAAAAUUGAUACACCAAGGAUUGAAGAUAUUAGUGAAACUAAAGAAUCUCUGAAGGAAAAAGAAAAUGCUGAGAAGGAGGCAAAAGAAAAACAAGAAACUGAGCAGACAGAGAGAAAACCAGAUGAAAAAUCUGUUCGAAAAGACAAAGAAUUUUCUAGAUCAAAUAGCGUUCCUGCAAAGGAGAAGGAGCCUUUAUCCCGAACAUAUAGUGCUCCAAAUAAAUCAACAACAGAGGUCCCCACCAUAGUUACACCAACCAUAACAGAAUCAAAGAAUGAUACAGAACCACAACCAGACAUCCUGUCCUGGCGAACUGGUUUACGUAAAACAGGAAGUACCAGUAUGGUUAUAGAAAAUAACAAAGAUGAGGGUGACAAAAAUCUCUCUCGUUCUUUAUCUAGCCCUCGUAUUCCUGUAGAAAGAAAUUCAGUUGAAAAUGAUAAAGUUCAAUUACGCAGAACAACAGAUACUCAGGAUCAUAAACCAUUGGACAGGAUCUCUGCAUACAGUCGAAGCAUCAACAAUCCAUAUCGUAGCUCUUAUCAGUCUGCUUAUGUCCCCUACUAUCGCAGGCAGCAGGAGCAAAAUGAACGACGGGAAAAAGAACGAGAAGCCAAAAUCAUGGAAUCCACAACUACACAACCUACAAAUAGUACUGCAACAUCAGUGUCAGCAACGUUAUCAUCUGUAACCACAGCAACGACUACUGUCUCCACUCAUGGCGGCUCAGUCAUGUCUAUCGCUUCAUGUCCCACAUUUGGUACUAACUCAAUGUUCAGAAGAUCAUAUCAAAUACCAAGCAGAGACGAGGAAGCUGAGACUCAAAGAAAGGCUAGGGCAAAGAGAGCUAGGGAGACCAGAAGGUCUACACAGGGCGUCACAUUAGAAGAUAUACAGAAGGCAGAAGAAGUAUUACACUCAUCAGACACAAAACCAAGUGAUACAAAAUCUAGUGAAAAAACAAACAAUGUUUUAAGUGAAAGUAGAACUUCUAAUAUAGAGUCGACAAGUAUAGAACAACCAGAAUCCGUUAGGCGACGUUUCAGAACAGAUGAUGAUACACGAAGUAGUUUUAGAAGAUCUAGAGAUUCCAAAGAUUCCAGUAUUUAUUCUACAGAUACAACUUCAGCAUAUGUACCUCGCAGGGAAAGAAAUGCAUUGUCCACAUCUAUAGAUAAUAAAUCUAGUCUAGGUAGUUCAGAAAUUCGUAGAUCUGCUUCAUUACGAUCGUCACGGUUACAUGCGGAGGACCAAGAUGACACAGAUUCUAAAAAAGAUUCCAAAGGUGAUGAUAAAGAUGAAAAGAAAGAACCCUCUCAUGUACGUGCUCGUCGUAAUAGACGAGAACGUAGAUCAACAGGAAUUGUCACUUACGACCCUAGUAAGGACGAUGAUGAAGAUGAAAAGAAAGAUACAGAAGAAAAAGAUAAGAAUUCAUACUCAGGGAGAUACAACUCAACAUCAGAUGUAGGAACUUCAGAUCGUUACAGUCAUCGGACAGACAGACCCAGUUCAUACAUUGGUUCUACAUCAAGUCUUAACCUAGAUUAUAAAAAGUUGGACUUUUAUAUGCAGCUUUACGAAGAUGAAAAAGCCAAUACAGAAAGAUUAAAGAAAGAAUUAGAACAAGUCAAGAAAGAAUUAAUAGAAUCAAAAGCUGAAUUAGACAGACUUAUGAAACGCAAUGAAGCAAACAGAUUAGCAGAUACAAAUGAUAAACGGGAAAAAAGAGCUUUAGAAAGAAAAUUAUCAGAAUUAGAAGAAGAAUUAAAGCAAAUGGACAAAACAAAAGCUGAAAAUAAGAAACUUAAGGAGGAAAAUAGGGCAUUAACAAGGGUGAUAUCCAAACUGUCGAAAUAGAAAAUGGAAGUAUUAAAAGAAGACAAUCGUCGAUUAAAGGAAGAAAAUGGUGCAUUAAUUCGUGUGAUAAGUAAACUGUCUAAGUAGGGUUAAAGGUCAAAGUACUCAGCAGAUGGCGGAUUAGAAGUCUAGGUCAUUUAAGAGUUUUUCGCAAUACAGAUCUGAAGAUAUAGCUGUAUAGUUCUUUUCUCAGUAAAAUUAUAAAUAAGUUCUUCCUGUAAAGUAUCAAAUCAAAGUCAUUUUUUUCAAUUUCAGUAUUGCUGUCGAAUGUUUUGCCUAAUCAUUUCACAUUUUUAACUUCACUGCCCUUUAGCUUUCCUCUUUCACUGCAAAUAAAGCUUGUGUAAACAAUGUUUAGCUUUCACUAAUUCACAAUUUUAAAAAAAAGAUUGUGAUAGUCAAUUUGAUUAGAAAGAUUGUUAUUGAAAUAUAAAUGCAAUGAUUAUUAAUUUUAUAAAAAGUUUUUUUUUUCGAUAAAUGACAUCAGAAAAUAAUAACAGGAGUCAGGAUAAAAAGAAAUUUGUUGGUAAUAAGAGGAGUAUUAAUAAAAGGUUCAGUGUAUAUUGGCUCUACGAUGUAUGUCUUAAAAUUAGGUUGUACUUCAAAUUUUUUUGAAUUUGGUAUAAAUUAAUUCAAAAAAUAUAUUAUAUACAUACUAGUAUAUAGAUGUGUAUUUAUUUUUUUUCAAGUAUAUAAUAAACGGUGUGGAAAAUAUACCACUAACUCCAAAACUCUUUGUAAACUAACCAAACACUUUUGUAGAGUAUAUGUUUAAGCUGCAAUAUUCAAUAUCUGUUUUAUACAUAGUUUUCAUACAGAAAAUUCAUUAAUUUCAAGAAACCUAAAAAUGAAAUCAAGAAAUAUUUCGAUAAUAAAAUAAUCAUGGAAACAUUUAGUACAAUUUUCUUUUCUUGACUUAUUUCGUAAAUGAAACAAUUGUAAUCCUAUUGUUAGAAGACACUGUUUGAGGGUGAUAUUUCCUAUCCCAUGUUAUAACAGAACUUGAUUGUCUAGAUGAGUAUGAUAUAGUGUAGCUUGGUCAUUGUUUGUGCUUAAUAAGCUACUGGAAUUUUAAGGAAUCUGAUUGUAUUGUAUUACCUCCCUUUGUUUGGUGCUACUAUGGAAACAAUCUCUAUAGCAACAGUAUUUGAAUUGUGAUAAUAAAUUUAUCAGUACGAAUGAAUGUGUUGAAAUUGUUUAAGAAAUAUUUUCUUAAAUAUGGUUAAAAUUUUAUUUUAGUGCAAUUAAGACAGUGCUAAGAAUUGUUUUUAUGUUUGUUGAACCUGAAAUGUUUUAUGAGCUAUUAAAAGAACUAUGUCUUAUUUAAAUAAUUAAACCUUCAUACAUUUUACAAGACCAUUACAUUUAUGUGCAGUUGUUGUGUCUACAAUCUUUUUCUAAAUAAUCUUUUUAAUUGUUUUGCGUAUUUAUUUUCAAAUGUUAAUCACAUGACAAUAUGACCUAUUUUUAAAUUCCUAUGGAAAGAAACUAUUAAGACACAUAUAACUUCUGAUAUUAACGGUUUGCUGAUGAAAUAACAAGAUUUUGUUUUAAGGACUGUUCCAUUAAACAACAUACAUUAUACCCAGGGAAGGUACUUACAAAUAAGGGUAACCACCUAUAGAGACCUGUAUAGAUUAAAAAGUAUUAUUCCACUGUAUGUAAAUAAUGAUAGCCAAAUUAACAUUUGAUUGGUUGAGACAAUUCCACGUGACAUUGAAAAAAACUUCAUAUUCCCCUCUGAGUAUCAUAUUCCUCUCUGAAGAUGGGACUACCUUGUGUGACGUUACAUGCGGUUAAUGUACAUAAUGUUAUGGGCGAUAGUAAAGUCAUUAUUGUGUUCAAAUUUUUUCAGAUGUAAAAACAAUCCAGAGAAAAACUUAUCAUGUUUGAAUAAAUAAUUAAAUUUUGAUUUGGUAUUAUUUAUCAAUAUAUGUAAAUUAAUAAUUAAUGUUCAGAAAGUAAAAAUAGUAAAGGCAGUGGAAAAAAAUCAUUCAUUUCCCUUGGCUUAGGGAGAUAUAAAGAUUUCUUCACCCUCGAAAAGUUAUAUUCUUGGGUGAACAAAUCUUUAUAUCUCUCUCAGACAAAGGAAAUAAAUGUAUGAUAUGUCACAACCACCCAUAUUGGCAAAUUCAAGUUGCCUUCCCUGUGUCCCAUGUAUGUUUUUAUAGAACACCAACUGAAUUUUUACAAAAAAUGAUAAAAAAAAAAACUUGCUAUUAAGUUCUAGAUCAUUUCAGAAAGUGUCUAUUUUUGUGAAUGAGUGCUGAUCGUAGUGCUGUGUAUAUAAGGCCAGUUGAGAUUACCAUUGUACAUAUGUAUAUAAUGUAAAUAUUAGAAUUGUCUUAUUUAUUACUGAUGUAGUCAGAUCUCAUGGGAAGAGUUACAAUAAAGCUCAGGCAUGGUUUACUCAGUGUUGAGUUUUCCAUGAUAAAUCCAGUCUUUCAUUCUGUCAGAGAGAGUCAAAUCUUUUACAUGGUGCCAAAUCAAAUGUUGAUUCACAAAUGACAUUUGCAUUAUCCCAUGGAAAUUAACUCCAAAAAUAUUCAGUUUGACAGUAAGCUUUUGUUUUAAUCAUUGAGGAAUUGUUGUUAGAGAAUGAACAUAUUCUGUUGGGAAUAAUUAUUUUUCCAUUCUAGUGGGUGAAGAAUAUUUUGGUUGAAAUUUGUUUGUGCAUGGUUGUAUGUUUGUUAUGAAUGAACAUAUAUUUUUCACCUGCUAGAAAUAUUUUAAAAUAAAAAAAUAUCUUGAUCAAUAAAUUCUUACCUUAUAAUUUGAAGGUAUAAAAAAAAUAUCUAUAAUAAAGUAUUGAAUAUUAUAUGAAAAUUACAAAAUUUAUUAUAAAACAUAAACAAAAAAAAAUGGAAAAAGAUGAAAAUAAGGACAAAAAAUAGAAAAACAAAACAUUUAAAAAAGAUGUUUUGAAUAUGUGAGGCCAAGUUAUAAUGUAAGAAUGAAACUUGAUUAAAUACUGGAACAUCAUCAGAGAGUUGAAGUUAUAUAUAUUACUUCUGAAAACAUAUACCACAUGUAUGUAUACAUUAGUUUCUUUACCAGUUUCAUAUCAUUUUAAGGUUGCUUUGGCGUUGCUUGGUAGAGAACUCUUUAGGUGACAUGCUGGACCUAAAGUUUGUAUACCUGUAACUGGUUCUUGUUGUAGUUUUAAUAUAUAAGGCAACAACAUCAGAUGAUGAUUUCAUUACUGGUUCCCUGUGCUUUUGUGAUAACUUUGUUAUGUUUCCUAUGGGCUUGUGUAACUUCUGGUUACCAGGAGCUACAUAUGACCAAUGUAAACAUCUAGAGUUAUUCCCCUUAGGUGACAUGCUGGAUCUGAGGAAAGCACAGGAAUUCAGAUAUUACCACAAGGCUAAUUAGUUGUAUAUUUUUAUUAAGUAUUUAUGAGGUGAAGUAGGUAACAGAAGGAAGCAAUAUGUAUACAUCAUAUCUCAUUAAUUCUGAUCAGAGAUCUUUUUUGCAAUAUUCAGUUCGGGUUUAAUGUUAUAAAAAAAAGCUAGAUUUCAAAGAUAUGGAUAAGAUUGAAAUGAAAAAAAUAGAUCUCAAAUAUAUGGAAGAAAAUUUAUUUAUGUACAUUCUAAACAGUUCUGCCUUUUUGCUACUGUUCCUUCACUUCAUUCAAUAUAAACAUGAUAAAGAAUUAACAUGAGAGAAUACUAAAUAUUCAAAAAUGUUCCCAUGAAAUUGCAUGUUAGUUAUAAAGAAAUUAAAAGGAAUCAUGACAUGGAAUAGUUUAUUAUAAAUAUUCAUAAAAGAUAUAGGAUGCUUGUGAUUCCCUUAUAUUGUAAUAAAAUGUUUAAUCUAUAAGUCAUAUCAUGAAAAGGGAAUGAACAAGAAGUAUAACUCAUUUUAGAUUUAUCUUUAAAAUGUAGUAGUGCAGGAAUUAGCAAGUUAUGUGUUUAUUUUUAUGCUUUGAGAAAAAUCUGAAAUGUUUUUCUUCUGAUUUCCAGGAGUAACAAAUGAUUAUUAGCAAACAUACAGAGUUAUUCCCCUUAGAUGACAUGUUGGAUUUAAGGAAAGCAUGAUAAAUCAUGAGAACAAAUCAGCAAAAAAUAGUGUGAUAGUUUUUUAAGCAAAAUAUGAGCUUGAAUGCAAUAUAGUGAUUUUGUUCAUGUUGAACAAAUAUAUUAUUGUUGUACAAGCCAAACUUAUUUAUAUGAUAGCUGUUUUUUUCCAUAUUUCACAGCAAAUACAAGUUAACAUCAAAUUUGUCGAAUCAGUAUGUCUAUUACAUGUACAUGUAUAUUGAUAAGAAAUUAUAUUAAUGUCCUUUUUCAGAUUUGUAGCUUUAUUACAAUUAAGUUAUUUGUAAGUUGAUAAUUUACAGUACCAACGCAUUGACCUACAACUUAUUUCACUUUUUAAAGUCAUAAAUAUAUAUGAUAUAUAUAUAUAUAUAAUGAAAUAAAGUUAUUUAUAUUUUACCUAUAUUUGUACACUAAGAAUAGCUCAAAUAUCCAUCCUUUUAUUUUCAAGUCCCUAAGCUUGAGAUCCAUCCAUAGUUAUAGUAAAGGUCAUAUUAACUUACCAUUAAAUACAUUUUCUAGAUUAUGUGCAAUUUUAAACACUUAUGGGAUAAGACAGAAUGUACAAAUGUGUUGUCUCUCAGAAACCAGUAUUCAAGUUACAAUUAUUUGGUCCUACCAUUGAUGUAUGAUUGAUAGUAUUUGUCAAUAACAAUGAAACAUCAUUGACAUCAGCAUUACUGAAAACUAGCUGACAGUUUGAUAUAUUAAAUGAACUACCUAUUAAUUUGAAACAUUUUUUUUCAAAUUAAUUUUUUACAGAUUCUGUAUUUUCUUAAAACAAGUAAUCACUGACAAUUUACAUUAGUAGACCUGACCAUAAGGGUACCACGAAAUUUUAGGUCCUUUUCAUUUAAAAGUUUAAAUAAUAUAAAAAUAAGGAGAUGUGGUAUGAUUGCCAAAGAGACAACUAUCCACUAAAGUUCAAAUGAAGUGGGUGCUAAGCAAUUAUAGGCCUAUAUGAUUCAAGACUUGAAAGGUUUUCUCUUAAAAUCUAAUGAAAAGUCUUGUUUUCAUGUUGAGGCUGCACAUUUUCACACAGAUAUGAUUUGAUGACAUGAUACAAGGGGCCUUUAUGCUUUAUAUGCUAUUAUGGUUAUAUUAGUAGCAUGCUCUUGUUUCUUUAGGUGACAUGCUUGAUCUGAAGCUGGUAUGAAUUAAUAUCUUGCAUCUGGCCUACACAAUUUUAAUCCUGGAAUCUAUGAUGAUUUUUUUUUAUAGAUAGAUAUAAUUGAAUGUUUCCACUCUAUUAAAUAUCUAGUUGGUUACUAAAUCAUUACUAUAGUUAUUUGUAGAAAAAAAAUUAUGUACUACAUACAACCCAAUAUACCUUUUUGAAUUUAUUAACAUUAAUGUUUGUCUUGAAUUUCCUUAAUGAUUUGAAGACUGAAGUUUUUAGGGUAUUUUGAAAGUACCCAGAUGUUCUACGCAAAAUAAAUGUCUUCAAAAUUUUGGAAACACUUUCAUCUUGUAGAGGAGGUGGUAUGAUAAAAGCGAUUAUUUGGCCCCUUAUAUUGCAAAAAUAGUAAACUUAUUCAAGCUUUUCAAAGUUGUUAAUUUUAUUGAUAAAUUUUGUAGCAAAAUAUCUUUCUGGGUCAAGCUGUAGCAAUUAUUAAAUACAAAAUGUCAAAAAUAAGGCUAUUUUGUCAGUUAAUGCUGUUUUUGUAAGAAGUUUGAAGCAGUAAUUCUGAUAUGUAAGACAAAAUUUAAAAAAUAUAAAUACUGACUUAUUUCUUAUGAACAUCUGGUAGAUGUUUGUAAAUUGAUAUAUAAUACUUUUUGAUUUUCCAAUUCUGGGGCCAAAAUUUUGCCUUUUACCUAUUCUUGUCUGAGGAGGAUUUCUACAGGCCUUUGCAAUAUAACGUUAUUUUAGAAAUAAAUAUUUGGCUGCCAUUUUGAGAAUGGUACUGAUUUAGUAAGAAAACAAAGUUAAACGCUACUUGGCUGUUCACCCACUUUGUCUAUUAUCGAUCUUGAGAUGUGUUUUUUGUACUCAACAUCUUUCUUUUUAUUACAUUUUUGUUGAGCCUUCGACUUUUGUCGAAAAAGCGAGACAUAGCGAUCCUACAUUCCGUCAGCGUCGUCGUCGUCGGCGACGUCCACAAAUAUUCACUCUGUGGUUAAAGUUUUUGAAAUUUUAAUAACUUUCUUAAACUAUCCUGGAUUUCUACCAAACUUGGACAGAAGCUUGUUUAUGAUCAUAAGAUAAUAUUCAAAAGUAAAUUUUGUUAAAAAAAAAUUCCAUUUUUUCCGUAUUUUACUUAUAAAUGGACUUAGUUUUUCUGCCAGGAAACAUUACAUUCACUCUGUGGUUAAAGUUUUUGAAAUUUUAAUAACUUUCUUAAACUAUCCUGGAUUUCUACCAAACUUAGAAAGAAGCUUGUUUAUGAUCAUAAGAUAGUAUCCAGAAGUAAAUUUUGUAAAAAAAAAAUUCCAUUUUUUCCGUAUUUUACUUAUAAAUGGACUUAGUUUUUCUGCCAGUUAACAUAACAUUCACUCUGUGGUUAAAGUUUUUAAAAUUUUAACAACUUUCUUAAACUAUCCUGGAUUUGUACCAAACUUGGACAGAAGCUUGUUUAUGACUAAAAGCUAGUAUCCAGAAGUAAAUUUUGUAAAAAAAAAAUUCCAUUUUUUCCGUAUUUUACUUAUAAAUGGACUUAGUUUUUCUGCCAGUUAACAUUACAUUCACUCUGUGGUUAAAGUUUUUAAAAUUUUAACAACUUUCUUAAACUAUCCUGGAUUUGUACCAAACUUAGACAGAAGCUUGUUUAUGAUUAAAAGCUAGUAUCUAGAAGGAAAUUUUGUUCCAUUUUUUCCGUAUUUUACUUAUAAAUGGACUUAGUUUUUCUUCCAGUUAACAUUACAUACAGUCUGCAGUUUAAGUUUUUAAAACAUUUAUUAGAUUCAUAAACUAUCCUGGAUUUUUACCAAACUUGGACAGAAGCUACUUACAAUCAAAAGAUAGUAUAGAGAGGAAUAUUUUUAUUAAUUUUUUUCCUCAUUUUGCUGAGCCUGUGAUUAACAGCAAAAAGUAGGCGAGACACUGGGUUCCGCGGAACCCUUACGAAUUUUUUUUUAAAUUUUGGGAUUGACAGAUACUCUCUAAAAGCAAUACUUCAAAAUGAUAUACCGGUAUAGAUGCAUUAUUCACGUCAAAAUCAUAUUGACAUUGUAAUUCCUAGUCCCAACCAAUGGUUUAUAGAUUAACCCACAUCCCUGUCCCAGCUGUCAAAAAUAUUUCAAGAAUAGAAACAUUAACUUAACAUUAUAAUAAUGUUGUAAGUAUUAUUUAUAUUGAUACUCAAAUUAAUAUAUAUAAAAAUGAAAGUUUAUAGAGAAUAUAUUUGUCCUGGUACAGAAUACGAUCACUUGUCAACUUUUUACAUUUGUUUUGUAUCUCUGCUUGCAAUUUUAACUUGGCAGCACAGUUUUAACCUGCCUUCUUCCACUGAUUGGAAAGUUAUCUUGCCUUUAUUUAGAUAUGCUGUUGCUAUAGAGACAAACCAUGAUUACAAAAGGGAGGUAAUUUAGAUUUGUACAUGUUAUCAAUUAUGUUAAUGCUAGGCCAUAACUGGCAUGUUGUGAAUUAUGUUAUAAAUGUAAACAAAUGUAAAUUAAUUUAGCUCUAAACACUUAAUAAAUUGUUUAUAAAGGUCAAAA